CUGUUGGAGCUGGGCCUGCUGCUCUGGUUGGGGCCUGUCAGAACCAGAACCUUGAGGCACCUCCGUUGCAGUCCUGUCCUGAGGGCGUGAGCGUGGCCUGCAGGACAGAGGAGGCUGGGUCUGCAGCGGGUCCCUGUUGUGCUUCCUUCCCCUCAGGUUAGUACACCAGUUUCUUCCUGACCAAAGACCAGAGUCACCUCCAGAUGAAUGAAAUUUCCUGGAAAGAUGUUGCCAAUGUCUUAUCGCUGGCCAACUUGAUCAUGGGGCUCUUCUCCAUCUUCUGCAGCCUCAGCAAGAAAUCCAGCUGUGCUUCCUGGAUGCUUCUGAUCGGCUUCCUAAUGGACAUGGCAGUCAGGACAAUCACCAGACAUCUCAAUAUCUGCUCCAAAUCAGGAGCUGAGCUGAAUGACUUUGCUGUCUUCACCACCUUUGGCCUGGCCACAGCCCUGCUCCUAGGCGUGGAUGGGCCUCUGAAUGGGUUCCUGGCCAUCAUCUAUGUGUUAGCUGCUUCUUUCCGCCUGUGUUUUUAUUCAACUAGCGGCCUUUCCUUCACAUACAAGGGUCUACCCUGCCCCUAUGCUUCCUGUGUUCUGGCCUCCACCUCCCUUCUGACCAAAGGCAACAGGUUCAUUCUCUCCUGCAUGGCCUCACUUAUGAUUCUAUUCAUGAUGGACCAGAGCUACUACCCACAUGAUGAAAUCCUAGAAUCUGAGAAUUGGAAAAAAAUAGUUUAUCUUGGAGGUGUCAUCAUACUGUUUUUUUCUCCAUUCUCAAUAAUUGCUUUUUACUGCCUGAUGUGGUCUCUCUCCUACAUCUUCUUUCCAGAUGUUCUGUGGGGCAAGACAGAGUGUCUUAGGCAAGAAGGGAAUCUAAGAAACUAAACAGCUCUUCCCACUCCUCUGGCUUCUGUGUGGUUUGUGCCAGCCUGUUGGGCCAAG